UCGAGUAGAUUCCAGAAGCUCUCGUUCGGGGACUAAUCCGAGUAUCCUGACAGCCCACUUCCCCCCAAUGUUUCCAAAUUUGAUCUGAAUAUAUCAUCUCCUUUUCCCGUCCGAAACCUAAUCGCCUGAGAAAUAUAGGGUUUCUGAAAUAAUGUCAGUGGUAAACUGGAAGCACCAUGCUUUAAUUCAACCGUUGCUCGCUCGCGGCCCUCAGAAAGAGCAAGAGAUCAACAAGAUCUUCGCGGGCGUCACUGGAAAAAACCCAGGCAAUCACCAGCAGCAUUUCAAUGAUUAUCUUUCGAAGAUAAACAAGGAACUUUCAUAUGUUCAAUUUGAGUUACGGUGCUGUCGAAACCAGAAUGAUGGCCAAGUUUGUUAUGGAGUGGUCAAUAACGUUUCUGAUGAACAGUCAAAGCUUGGUACGAAAUAUUCCACUCCACAGAUUGCAUUAUAUAGAGGCAUUCUAGAAGCAAUUGUGCAAGAUGCUAGGGCUAAGGGCUACAUAUCUAUUAUUGAUGCUCUAAAUAUACGUUUGGAGAAUCAGCUUCCAACCGAAAAUGGGUCACAAUCACAGGAUGGUGUUCCUCCUGCUCUCAGAAACUUUUCAAUGUCCCAGAAAGAAAAAACUGUUAAUGAACUUGUGCAUGACCAGUGGCUUAGUUACUGCACAGAUGGAAAUGUUGGACUCGGUGUCAGAUCCUUCCUUGAUCUACGAAGUUGGUUCCGUAAUAAUGAUGUCCCUUUCUGUGCAGUGUGCAAUGAAGCUGCUGUCAAGGCAGAAUUGUGCCAAGGUGAAGAUUGUUCAGUUCGAAUCCACAAUUACUGCCUAAAGAAGAAAUUCUCCCAAAGACGGAGUGAAAGAGCUUGCCCAACUUGUGGAACUCCUUGGAAAUAUCAAAUGCCCAAAGCAGAAGCAGUGGAGUUUGAUGGUGAGCCAAAUGAUUCAAGUCAGAGCCAACCACAUGCAGAACCUAUGCAGAGCCAACAAGCUUUGGGAUCCAAACGUAAGAAGCCUCCUAGGACCAGCAGAACAAAUGAUGCUGAAAUUACUGGACAAGGGUCACAUCAAGACUCUCCAUCCUCUGUCGAUUUUAAACGAGUAACUCGAGCUUCUGCCCGAUCCAGGGUUCAUGUACACACAUGCAAGAUUCUCUUAAAUUAUUAUACAAUAAGGGUUUAUUGCUUGAAGACAGAGCCUACUGUUUACCUCGGAUCCUAAUCACAUGAUUCCUAUAUGCCAAGCCACCAACAUUUAAGUAUGCAUCAAUGUACGUUUACUACAAGUUGACCAGUCAACAUUGAAGUAUUCAUUAUAUGUGUGUGUGUGUCUAUAUAUAGGCAAGAGAUGUUCUCUUUAUCUUCCAAUUUUAAUGUAACCAGAUUAUCCUAGUUUG